AUGAAAGAAUGCUUUGAAGUUAUUCAACACGAGAACAGGCCCAAUGAAAUUAAAGAGGCAGAUUGGGAUAAGAAAGAAAUAAGGGCGAAAAACUACAUCGUCAACAGUGUAACUGAUACACAGCUAGAAAUGAUUAUAAAAGAAACAACAGCAAGAAAAAUGAUCAGAAAGCUGGAUGAAAUAUACUUAGUAAAAAGCAGCGCAAUCAAACUUUUGUGCAAAAGAAAACUGCUGGACUUAAAAAUGAAAGAAAGUGAAAAUUCAACUGAAUUCUUAAAUGAAUUUGAGAAGCUAAUAAAUGAACUAGGUAAUGCAGGAGAAAUCGUAAGUAAGGAUGAUAAGGUAAAUUAUUUACUAUUGGCCCUACCUGUGAGUCUUUCACAUAUAGUCGACGUAGUAGAUGCAUUACCAGACAAAGAAAAAUCAAUUGAAUAUGUUAAGUCAAAGCUAAUGUUAGAGUAUCAAAAACGACAGAGUAAUGGGAAGAAUGAUUUUCAAGCUUUUAAUUCCAAUAUGUCAAAACAUAACAAAAAUUAUAAUUCCCAAUACAAAAAAUUUAGCACUAAAAGGUUCAAUAAUGAGCAACCAAGCAACUCGAGAUUUUUAGAAAAUAGAAACAAGACUUAUAAUCAAAUGAGAAAUGUUCAACGUUUCUGUAAAAGUAAUACAAAUUGGCAAGACAGACCUUCAGGACAUUAUGAUUCAAGAGAAACGGCUGGAGCCUCUGAGGUGAAAAAUAAAGAUAAGAAAAACUCGUUCGAAGUAGAAGUUAUGAAAGCAAGAGUUGAUACACAAAUAAGGGCAAACAUGAAAAUGGAAGAAAAUAUUGAAUGGCUGUUGGAUAGUGGAUGCUCAGACCACAUG